AUGUCCUGGAAGCUUGGAAAGAAGCUCAAGGAGUCGGGCUCGAAUCUCCUCUCGUCCCGGUCGUCACAAAACAACACGCCCGACUCCGGUAUUGGCUCUCGCUCCACCACACCUACACCUGGCAACCCUCAUCCCGAUGCGCCUGUCCAUAGGUCUGGUGUAUUGAAGAUCCGAGUGACUGCUGCUAAGGGCUUGAAUCUCCCACAAGGAGUCCCUGUUCCUGCUUCGAUACAGAAAGCGCUCAGCUCCCACCCAUCAUCAUCCAUUGGGUCUCUCGGGGCAUCCCUCUCCUCUUCUCCUCGGGUGACUACCAACCCCCGCCCCAACCGCGACUCAUUACAGCGGAAGCAGGCCUGGUGGCUCCCGUAUGUCGUGCUCGAGUUUGACAAGAACGAGGUACUGGUGGACGCUCUGGGAGGAGAUCUGGGAAGCCCAGUAUGGAUGUACAGCGCGACAUUCGAUGUCAGCCGGAUCUCGGAUAUUGCGGUGACUGCGUAUCUGCGCACGGCACCGCCGGGCGGGGAGGGGACGCAUGGCGAGAAGGAGGGGACCGAGAUGGGGAAUGCGGAUCUGUGUUUGGGUGGGAUCAGGUUCACGCCGGAUCUGGAGAGUUCGCGUAUGACGGACGAGUGGUUCCCCGUCCAGACGGGUAAUGGAGCGAUCCAUGUACAGGUUGCAUUCAAGCCAGCUCAGACCUCUUUGACCAUCGACAGCUUUGAACUGCUUAAAGUUAUUGGCAAGGGAUCGUUCGGCAAAGUCAUGCAAGUCCGCAAGCGCGACACCCUCCGUAUCUACGCCCUCAAAACCAUCCGCAAGGCACAUAUUGUCUCUCGAUCAGAAGUGACCCAUACCUUGGCGGAACGGACGGUCCUCGCUCAGGUCAAUUGCCCGUUCAUCGUCCCCCUCAAAUUCUCCUUCCAGUCCAAGGAGAAAUUAUACCUCGUCCUGGCGUUUGUGAAUGGUGGGGAGCUCUUCCAUCACUUACAGCGGGAAGGGAAAUUCAAUGAGGUCCGGAGCAGGUUUUAUGCUGCGGAGCUGCUAUUGGCGCUGGAGCAUCUGCAUGGGUUCAACGUGGUCUACCGGGAUCUCAAGCCCGAGAAUAUCUUGCUGGACUAUACUGGUCAUAUCGCACUUUGUGACUUUGGGCUAUGCAAGCUCAACAUGUCGAACACGGAUACCACCAACACCUUCUGCGGUACACCUGAAUACCUCGCCCCCGAGCUCCUCUCUGGCCACGGAUAUACCAAAUGUGUCGACUGGUGGACACUCGGUGUCUUGCUGUACGAAAUGUUGACUGGCCUCCCACCAUACUACGACGAGAACACCAACGAAAUGUACCGCAAGAUCCUCUCAGACCCUCUCCGCUUCCCCGAUGAGAUGGGCUCGGAGGCUCGAUCGCUCCUCACCCAGCUUCUCAACCGUGAUCCAUCGAAACGACUGGGUGUGAAUGGCGCGCAGGAGAUCAAGAACCACCCGUUCUUCUCGAAACAUAUCGACUUUAAGAAGCUCUGGGCCAAGAAGUUACAGCCUCCGUUCAAGCCAGCAGUGGCUUCCGCUAUUGACACCUCCAACUUUGACGAAGAGUUCACCUCGGAGGUACCGCAAGACUCGGUGGUGGAUGACUCGCACCUCAGUCAGACUGUUCAGCAGCAAUUCGAGGGCUUUUCUUGGAGCGUUUCACCGCUGGGCGAGUCGGUCGGGCGUUAUUAG